AUGGUUCAAUUCUGCAAUAAUUCUAACAAUCUGAUGUAUGUCAAUGACAUCCAAGUUGCUGCAGUUGUGUUAUUGUCUGGCAAUAACUUUGGCAAACUGAAGCGUUUGGCUGCAUGUAUGAAUUUGGCAUUUGUGUCAAAAUCUUCAUUCUUUAGAAUACAGAGACUGUAUUUUGUGCCAGCAGUAGAUGAGUGGUGGGGAUGGAUGAGAAGACAACUAAUGGAUGAAUUCAAAGAUGAAGAAGUAAUCGCUGGUGGUGAUGGCCAAUGUGAUUCCCCCGAAGAAUUUGUUAUUUUAUCACAGAAGUUAGCUCCAGGUACAUCAUACAUGUUGAAAUUGUGGAAAAACAACAUGUUGGCUUGGUAUCCAGUAACAUGGAAGUAG